GGAGCAUCAGCUGAGCUGUGACCUCACUCCUCUGCUGUCUUUUCUCCCUCAUUCCCUUGGAUAUGUUCAAAAACUGAACUUGUAUUUCUGACAGACACCUUUCUCACCCUGCUGGUUCAAGCUGAGCAUUUCGUCUCUCAUUUCCGAACAGUCUUUUUUUUCGGUUUUUAAUCCGGUUUCUUCGGGAUAUUUGUUGGCAGACGGAGCGACUCGACCAAGUUUUUUGCUCCCAUCCUGUGUGUGGAGGAAUGAGAGCGGAGAGGAAAAGCCACGACCCGCAUAAUUGAGUGAACAAAAGAGAGGAAAGCUCGGGAAUAAUCGCCCAAAUGGAGGAAAAUCCUCUGCAGGCAGCAACACCUUUCUGCUCUGAAUUGAACGUAGACUCUACAAGGCCUGACCCAGAGGGGGAGAGCAGCCCUCCGCACAUGGAGAACUUCCAGGGAAAGGAGUCCCCUGCUAAGAAAGACCCAGACCAGAGAUUGACAACACCAACAAAGUGUGAUGUCAUCCCACCCUCACCUGGGUCACCAGCAUCACCCCACCUAAAGACAAAAAGAGAUAUUAAGAAGUCAGAUGAGAGGCAGAAGCUUGCCAAGGAGCGCAGAGAUGAGAAAGCCAAGUAUCUGGAAGAGCUCAGCAUUUUACAAGCUGCUAAAAAGAACCAGUGGUUGGAGAAGGAGGAGAAGGCACGGCAGCUGAGAGAGCAGCAGCUGGAGGAGCGCCGUAAAAAGCUUGAGGAACAGCGUAUCAAGGCGGAAAAGCGGCGAGUUGCCCUGGAGGAAAGACAGAAACAGAAACUGGAGAAGAACAAAGAACGCUAUGAGGCAGCAAUCCACAGGUCAACCACAAAGACUUGGGCAGAAAUCCGUCAACAAAGACGGUCCUGGGCUGGAGGGCUAAACCAGAACUCAAGCCAGAAAGAGAGCAGAUGCUCUGUGUCAACGGUCAACCUGCCCAAACAUGUGGACUCUGUUAUAAACAAGCGACUGUCCAAGUCCUCCGCCACCCUCUGGAACUCCCCCAGCAGAACCCACGGCCUUGCACUGAGUCCCUGGGAGAGCAGUAUAGUGGACCGACUGAUGACCCCGACACUGUCGUUUUUGGCCCGUAGCCGCAGUGCUACCAGUGUCCUCAGCAAUGGCAAAGAUGGUCAUUCUCAUCUCUGCCCCCGUUCAACCUCAGCCAGCCCUCUGACCCUGUGCGCCCACCAGCCCCACCGCCGCUGCUCUGACCGCUGGAGGGUGACUUCCAGCACGCCAGACAUCACUCAGCGCCAACAAAGACGAAGCUCUACACCAAUUGAUAAAAUGAAGAAAGAAAAGAGAGACAAGGAGCGGGAGAAUGAGAAGGAGAAAAGUGCCCUCACAAAAGAGAAGGUGCUUAAAAAGCGACAGUCUCUGCCCGCCAUGAAACCCAGACCUGAUGCAAGUCCUAGUUCUUUAUCAAGACAACGGCCGUCAUCUCCAGCCACACUUAAGGGUCGAACUGCUUCUCCUAGCCCCGCUGCUUCCCCCAAGCUGCCAACCACACGUGGCAGCCCAUCGACUCCUAAGAACCGGCCCCAAAGAGCCCAGACCCCUGCCAGGAUAGACCACCGCACAUCCUCCCCUGUCGCACUUCAGAGGAUGAAGGACCCUCGCAGAUCUGCCACCCCUGAGAACAAAAGGGUUCCUGCUACUGCAGCGUCCUCAGGCCCGACAUUGAGCACACAAAUCACAACUGCUGCCGUUACCUCGUCACCUGAGCCAGUCCAGCCAGCCCCUCCCGUCCCAGCUGUGUCUCCUGCACCUUCCCCGUCAGCCAAACCCAUGGCAGGCACCACUGAUCCGGAGGAGGCGGCUCGCAUCCUCGCUGAGAGACGCCGACAGGCCCGUGAGCAGAGGGAGAGGGAGGAGCAGGAGCGCCGUGAGCAGGAGGAGAAGGAGAGGAUUUUGAGGGAUGAGCGAAUAGCAAGAGAAGCAGAGGAGAGGCGUCGCAGGGAAGAAGAAGCUCGAGCCAUGGCUGAGGAGCAGCGGCGGAUGGACGAAGCUCAGCGUCUGCAGGAGGAGAAGGAGGCACAAGAGAAAGCCAAGGCUGAGCAGGAGGAGAAUGAACGCCUCCAGAGACAGAAAGAAGAAGCUGAGGCUAAAGCCCGGGAGGAGGCGGAAAGGCAGCGUCUGGAGCGGGAGAAACACUUCCAGAAGGAGGAGCAGGAGAGGCUGGAGAGAAAAAAGCGUAUUGAUGAGAUCAUGAAGAGGACACGCAAGACGGAUGGAGGAGAUCAGAAGGAGACAAAGUCCUCCCCACUAACACACGUCAAUGAUAAAGAGGCAGAGAGCAGCAACGCAUCUGCAGACUAUCAGCCAAGGACAGACGUCAGCAUGCCCACUGACACGGCAGAGAAUGGACAAAGAGAGAGUCCCCCAGUCCAAGUGGUCAAUGGAGUGAAGCCUGACAGACAUGAGAACGGUCUGUCCACCAAAGGAGACGGUGUCCACUUGGAAGACAUCAUCCAUCUCACCAACCACGGCAACACUGCUAACGGAGAACGGGACAAACGUGAGACUAGCAUGGCCACCGAGCCCAUCCUGAGUUUUGAAAGUGAGGAGACAUUCAUGAAAAAAGCAGGUCCCAUGAAUCCUCAGCAUGUAGCAGAGGUCCUGUGACGUGAUGCAGCACUGACCUCUGUGACCCCAACCAUCGCUCACAAGAGGAGCUCGACCUGCUGUUCUCCAGAGCACAGCCCUGUGACCUGUGCCAAUCAACAAUUUUUUUUUUUUUUUUUUGAGCUGCCAAAACACAAAAAUACGCCUCUCUGUGAUGGGAAAAAGCAGACAGAGAUGAUGGACAAAGUGUCAGCACUCGAUGCAAAGACAAAACGGGAUGAAAUGUGUUACGGUGCACACCACGUCGGCGUUCAUGUUCGCAGUGAAAAGUCACUUUUUUACUUGACAGGAUCAACUUGUACAUACUCGUAAUAGUGCAGCAGACUUCCUGCUUUUACACUGAAUGGUUUUCAUUGUGCUUAUGUUUUAGUUAUUUAACUAAAUGGAUUAGAAAUGACUGGGUACAUUUUUGUGAAUAAUGUAAAUGAACUUUGCAUUGGACAAAGGAGGGAUGAAACGUUGUAAGAAAGGGAGAUGUUUUAAGCUGCUCCCCUCUGAGGAGACCUUUUAAGUGAAACCUGGAUCUUCUACCUGGCUUGUAAAAGCCCAGUUUUUAUUUCCUUUGUAAAAUUAUACUGAGAUUGAAGCAAACAUGCACAUUCACUGGCUUCUUACUGUGUGUAAACAUUUUUAUUGCGUCCGACCUGAAUCUUAUUGUAUGCAGACCUGGAUGUAAUGACUUCAUAAGCUUGAGAAGAACUCAUAAAUUUAAGGUCAAAUGAG